AUGGAAAAUAAUAUUUAUAAUAAUAAAGAAUAUAUUAUAUAUUCAUUUAUAAAUAGAGAAAUAGAGGAAAUAAACCAGGAAGUAGAAGUAGAGUAUUCAGAGAACAGUAAUCCUGUAGAUGAAAAUGAUGAAUCGAUGCUUGAUAGUUUUAUAGAACAACAGAAUAUAUUACAACAACAACAUAUAUUACAGCAACAACAACAAGGUCAACUACAAAAUGAAGAAAUGAACUACGAAAUUGAAUCUGAUGAUGAAAUGAUUGUUCAACAAAAUAUAAACUUUUUAGAUAAUGACAAUACUAUUAUAAAUUACCAUAAUAAUCCAAAUAAUCAUAGUUAUAAUCACACUGAAAUUAAUAACAAUAAUAAUAAUAUUAAUAAUAAUAAUAAUAGUAAUAAUAAUAAUAGUAAUAAUAACAAUAAUAAUAAUACCUUGUUUUUUGGUAAUAGCAAAAGAAGAAAUAGCAUCGAAAAUAAUAAUAGUUAUAAUAAUAUCUCAUCAAAUAAAAAAAGACGAACAAUUUACCAAUAA